AUGUCCUGCCAGUGGAGGGUGAGUGGUGCUGUCGGCUUGGAUCACGAACGGCUCCUGCAGCUGGUCUGUGUGGAUGUAGUCAUAGGCUUGGAGAAUUUUAUUUGGUCCCUUGGUGAUGGAGGAGGGAUGGUGAAGACAGCUAGAGGGCUGUCUCCACGUGGUGAUGUGGUGAUGUCCUGCCAGUGGAGGGGGAAGCACUAUCAUAGUAAACUACAGAGGGGUACACAGGAUAUAUUGGCUACAGUGUCUCCAAAGAACCCAGAACAGAAGAUUAUUAAACGAGUGAUUGGUCUGGAAGGAGAUAUUGUAAAAUCAGCUGGACACAAGACAAAAUUUGUCAAAAUUCCCAAUGGACAUCUGUGGGUGGAAGGUGACCACCGUGGGCACAGCUUCGACAGUAAUGCUUUUGGACCAGUUUCACUUGGUCUUCUGCAUGCACAAGCCACUCAUAUCCUGUGGCCACCGCAACGAUGGCAAAAAUUGAAGCCAGUUCUACCUGAAGAACGAAAACCAGUCUACAUAGACGAUGACUGA